AUGGUCACUCCCACGACGGUGGAGGGUGUCCACACUCUCAUUCGCACGGAGGAGAUUCGCAUGGACAUAGUCAUUAUGAACGUGAUCAUGGGCAUGACGAGCAUGUACAUAGUCAUGAUGUUGAUCAUCAUGGAUAUAGUCGUGAUCACGGGCAUACCCACGGCCAUCAUGGGUACGAAGAGCGAAAGUAGGUUUGUUUCUGUGAACCAUUGUCUCAUUUAUAACAUUAUUUUGACUCGAAUAUGGGCUCAUCUCGAUAUUUGGCUACGUUCAAAACCAAACUUUUUCGAUACUAAUAGAGAACAGCAAGUUAGUAUAAUGAGUACUGAUGGUAAUACGCCACCAGUCUGCGAUAAGACGUUUUUUAGUAUUUCAAAGAAAACAUCCAUAUUUGCAAUCGACUUACAUAUGUCUGAAGAGAUACGUUGA